GCUGUGAGCCCGGGUCACGGUUCGACUCUGACCGGUUCCGGCUUUCCCGUUCUCCCGCAGCGGCUCCGCGGCUUCACCGCACUCCGCCAACCGCCCCUGGAUCUCCAGGUCUCGCUCCACGUCUCCACCGCCGCUGUUCACGCUUCUCGCUGCCUGGGCUAUGUGUGAAUCUGGAAAGAAGUGUUAUGAAGGGGAAAGCUGCGGAGCACGUGUGGAUCAGCUGAAGAGACUCAUCUGGAUGCUGAUGAUCUGGGUCUCUAUCCUUUCCCUGGGCCUGGGAGCCUCCAUCACUCUCCACAUCAUCCUCCGGCAGGGAUCCAACACAAUGGUUUCCCCUAACAGCAUUGAAACCACGGCCAGUCCACGCUCUCAGCUCACUUCAUACUGCCUUGACAAGAGUAAAAACGACGAACAUGAACUGAGACUGCAGUGGCGGAAAAAAAAUGAAGCUCAAAGAGAUACUGCAGUGAAAAUAGAGGAGGACGGGAAUUAUUUCCUCUUCCUCAGAGUAACCCUGGAGUACCGGAAGCAAGGUGUGAAUUACGUGGUCACAGUUAAAAAGAUGCCAGACGGUAAUACACCCAGCAAUAUCACUAUGGGACAUAUCAAUGGAACAGAAAACUCGACUGGAUUUAUGGGUAUAGGAGUGCAACUAAGUAAAAAUACGUUGAUAAAUGUUACCUGCAGCCCCCAGGCACAAUUUGAUGUCCAUAACACUUACUUGGGCUUGAUCAAAUUCUGAUUCAUCGUACUGCCUUCCUGGAUGUAACUUCAUGGGAGUAGUCUACACUUUCAAAGGCCAUGUUAAUCAGUGUUUUACCAUGGCAAUCAAUUAUGGAGAUUGAGAUAACCAUUUUGCCUUAAAUGAGUUAAAGCUUGUUCCAAUUCACUGGAUUCGACAUAAUUUGAAUGCGAGACAUUUCCAACACAGCCAUAUUUUCACAAAAAAACAUAUUACAUCACAAUAUUUAAUGAAGGCACAACAAAAGGCACAAAAGAUCCUAUUUUAAGGCCCAGUUAAACCAGUAUUGUUUGAUUUUUUUUUUUUUUUUUCAUGUCUUUGUGUUCAGGCUUUUUUUUCCCUCAUCUCACACACUUAAUUAAGCCUAGAGCCCUAUUUGGACAGCCUUCAGUUUUCAUGGGGAGCUCAGGUAAAUCCAUCCUUUAGAGGUGCCACUCUGUCAUUUUACAUAUUCUUAUAAUUGUAUUCUCAUCCCGACAGACAUGUCUGUGAGUUUUACAAGCAGAUUCUGACUGCUGCUAUGUGCUGUAGAUGUCUUUGCCUGUAUAGAACACUUCUGACAGCCACAAAAUAAUGGAUGCUUUGACAGGGUCUCUUAUUUACAUUUUACUUCAUCUCCAUAUUGUGUUCACAGAUAAAAUGAAGUCAGUCAAAUGAGCUAAAGGUUUAAAGCCUUGUCUGUGUAGGAUAAUAACCUACUGGAUGCUUGUAUUUUAUAGAAUUUAUCUUUUGUGUUUCUACUGGUUUUAUUACAUUUCCCAUCCAUAUCAGUGUGUAUUUAGGAGUGCAAAAUACACAGAAUUCAGCACUACCCACUUUUUGUCUGGAACCUAGUAGUCCAUAAUCCAGAAUUCAUUAGAAUAAAUUUUGUCUAAGUUAACAGAAAAAGAAAAAAAGUCUUUUUUUUUUUUUUUUUUACCUUUUUUUUUAAAUUCCCUAUGCAUGUGCAAUGUUUUUCAAAAUUUUGCAAAAUGAACAUAUUUUGUCUUCAUGAAUCAGUUCACAGUGUUAUUGUGUAAUUAGCGCUAGUGUUAUUGUCCACACUUCCUCUGUUUUUUUUAAAAAUUUCUUUUGUUAUAUGCACUGAUUUGUACUGAUAGCGAAAACAGUGCUGUUCCAGUUUAUUACAUACAUCAAAGUAAUGGCAGAGCUAAUGUGUUUAGGUUCACUAAAACCGCAAGAGCUAAUAUGCGUGUGUAUAUAUAUAUAUAUAUAUAUAUCUGAAUUCUUUUUUUAUACUGUUAUGUUUUGCUUAAUUUAUUUUUUAGUUCAUUAAUGCUGAUAAUUCAAAUGUACAUAAUAGAUUUUUUAAACAAUUUCAACAUGUUGAUAUGAAUGUAUUACUGUUAAGACCUGACUACAAGUUAAUCAUCUUGUUGCACAUUAUGAAUGUACAGUCCUUUUUUCAGUGAAUGAAAAAAUUGAUUAAAACGAUAAAACAACC